GUUUAUUUACAUUGCGUGCGUCGUGCCGAGAAAUAUAUUGGUCGGAUAAACGGGACAUACCUUAGCUUGCUUCGAAAAAGAUCUUUGUGUGUGUAUUGUUUUUUUAUAUUGUGUUUGUUGUUGCUUGUAAAAAGAGGACAAUUUAUCGAUAAUCAAAGCCUGGCUCUCUCCAAAAAAAGAAGAAGCACAUCAAUUGAGCAAAUAAGCAAAAAAAAAUGUAAAAGCAAUUAAAAUUCCAAGUGUCCCAUCCCCAUGAAUUGAAAGUGAAUUUGCCAUGAAUACUUGGAUUAUAUGAGAAAAGCAUGUACAAAAAUGGUAUUAUACUGUUGUGCUCCAUCCAAAAAAAAAAAAAGAACUGUCUUUGCUAGCUGGGAGUUUUAGAUAGGAAUUGCGGACUGUAUUUCACUUAUACCUUUAUCAAAGAAAAAUGUCGUUGUCGAAAAAAGAUCCCUCAUUUUGUGUGGCGGCAAAUGAUCCACACCUGGUGAGUUUAGGCGGAGGACGUUUGAGCACAGCGGUGACAAUACACAAUAUACCCAUAGGUGACACCACGGUGGGCUCCUCUUUACGUUGUAAUAUUUCCUUGAACGGCAGCGGUGUUCGUCCCCUACACUGUACCAUCUAUCGCAGCGAAGAGAACGAGGUCACCUUGGUACCCGAACGUGAUGCUCGCAUCUUGAUUGAUGGUACUAAAAUUAUGGAAGAUACCAAUCUUACCCAAGGUGCCAUGAUAACCAUAGGAAAAUCGUAUUAUCUGCGUUUCAAUAAUCCCGCCGAAGCCAAACAGAUACGCACAGCCAUGGGAUCGAGUGAAAGAAUUUCCAUGCCACAAAUUGAUUUCAGCCAAGGUGGAGGUGGUGGUGGUAGUGGCGGCAGCAUGCAAAGAAAUUCCGGCAAAAGUUCCGAUAGCAUAAGCGGCGGAGAAAUCGAAUCAUUUUAUGAAACCACCAUACAGCCAGCGGCAGCUCGUCAGACCAACAACUCAAGCAAGUCCUAUUGCAAAUUGGCUCCCAUCGAUAUAAAUGGCCUCCAAUGUCCCAAGGUGUUUACAGCCGAUUUGGUUACCGUCAAUCUGCCGGCAGAAGAUGUAUUGGGUCAGAAGUAUAACAGAUUUGCCAAAAAUAUGAUGGCAGAAUCCCAGCGGAAUGAAAAGAAUAUCAACCAUGCCCAAAGCAAUUUGAGACAGAUCAAAACCAAUAACAACAAUAUCUAUGAUAAUGUUCCCAUGCCUUUGCAGACUGAGAAGAAGAACAAUGCGGAUAGCCAACGCCAGGCUUUGAAUGCCUACGAUCGUUAUCCCAAAUUGGGUAAUCUGCAAAUAUUUCCCAUGAACAGUAUUAACAAUGAAAUGAACACUAACUCAAGUCCAGUCCACAACAACAACAAUAACAGUACCCCCUUGUCCAUACGUAAUCUUUUGGAUGAACGCAAGGAUCUGGAAUAUCAUCAUAACAUAAGCAAUGAUGAGCAGCAUCAUUUGGAUGAUAUGCUUAAGAUCUGCACUGAAUACACCGAUAGGCAAAAUCAAAAUAAUCCCAAUGUAGUAGCAACAGCAGGCGGAGGAGGUGGAGCAGGCAAUUCAAUGACCUCUUCGCCCAUUGUUCAGAAUCGCAUUAUCACCAAUGGCUCUUUGCCGCGUGAAAGAAAAUCUCCUUUCCAGCAUGAGUCCCAGAGAUCAUUCGAUGGUAGUUUUUCAAAUGUCUCCUCUUCAGCCGAUAACAAUGAUGUCAGCCACAGCUCUAGUGGUUACGAAAAUGUUCGUGUUCUAGGACCCAAACGUGUAGAGAUUAAUGGGCAACAGCAGCAUCAUGGCUCAGAGCAUGGCGGUGAGUCUUAUGAGAAUGUGGUGGUGGGUAAAUAUGUGCCUCAAAGUCCUCGCACCAAAAUACGCACCACUUGUAUGUCGCCCAAAAAGGAGCAAAGUUUUAGUGGCAUAUUUUCACAAAAAGCCGAGCCACAAGCUCAAAGCAAAUUCAUACCCAAUCGGCAAACGGAAUAUGAUGAACUGCUUAGGACAUUUGGGGAAAAGUUACAAAUUGAAAUGCAAGCUAUAGAGGAAAGUAGUCGUUAUCAACCGAAAGCUCGUGAAAAAGGCAACUCCCCUGCAUCUCAAUCACCGGUGGCGAGUAGAACCAAUAAAAAUGUUCAUAAUCUUAAGUUGAACUUAAGAUUGCCCAGCUCUUUGCAGAAUUCACCCAAACUGAAUAAGAAACCAGCGCCAGCUCCUAGAACUCUUAUUAAAAGCUCUGCCAAUGGCACCAGCGGCAGUCUUCCUCAUUUGUCUGCGUCCUCUAAUGGUUCAGGCUUUGGAUCAUCAUCAAACAAGGGCGAUCCUCCUCUGUUUAGAGCCAAAUUAGAGUUCGAGUUACAGUCAUUACAGGAUAAAAUCCAUCGCUUGGAGGCACAACGUAAUGCCACCAGGGUGAUGGAGGAAACACAGCAAGCUAAACUGAAGCAGUCGAUAGAAAUGAAAUCGGAUCAAGUAAAAAAAUUAAAGGAAAUGCUUAAGGAUAAAAAGGAUAAUGAAUGUCUCAAAGAAGAAAUAAGAAAAAUCACAGAAUCUCUCGACAAUGAUCGUAAAAUAUUUGAAGACUUGGAAUUUCAAUAUCUGGAAGAAGAAUCAGAAUGGCAUGCUUACCACGAAGAACUGAAAUCGGAAGCAAAACAAAUGUCCCAUAAGCUAGGCGCUCAGCCUAAAGAAUGGCAAACAUUAUCCAAAGAUUUUAAAGAAAGGCACAGUGAUGCCAAGAAACAAAUGGCCAAUGCAUCUAAACUCUCCAUCGGUAGCGACCAUCAGCAAGGUGUUGACAAGCCCUAUGAUAUUAGUGAGGCCAUAGGCAUAAUGUCACAGUCCCUAUUUGGUUCGGCGGAAAUGUUAUGCCCUCGUCGUCAUACGGAAGAUGUGAUGUCACGUAGUGUCAAUGAAAACAUGUUUUUCAAUAAUAAAAUUGAAUUGCCCUCCUCUACCAAUGGCGUCAGUGGGACCAUAACUACCAGCACACCCAAACGUCCGCCAUUACAAAUUUUCAACAUCGAUGAUGAAUGCUUACAAGACUCGGCGAACAAUGCGGAAACAUUUAAUAAUGCGGUACACUUUAAUCUUACUUUGGGCAAUGAUAAUUUUGAAUUUAAUCCCUUGGAAAAAAGAGUUCCCUCGCAAGAUGACAUUGAUCGCAUAUCUAAGGUAACCUCCGAUGCCCCGAUAUCCAAUAACACUGAGGGAGCCACAACGAAAAUAUUUGAUUCAAUUAAGGAAAUUGAACGAAAUCGACAGUUGCUGUUGGCACAACAAGGCCACCAUGUUAUUGAACACGAACGUCAAAAGAUGAAUGACCUAAAAAAGAAAAGCCACAGCGAAGCACGUGCUCAAUACCUGUCGAAGCUCAAUCGCAACAGUGGUGGAGGUGGAUCAGAUUGUGUGACUAAUAAUGAGGAAACUCAAACGGAUUUGCCCCUACACCAACAGAAACAACAACAGCAGCAGCAGCACCCUAUGUUGGAUAAAGAGAAUCGACCAGCAACAGCAGUUGAGAGAAGCAAUAAUAACAGCAGCAAGGUGAAAACAACAAACAAUAAUAGCACAACGAAUGAAAGUGUAGGAGAUUCAUCGAAUCAGCAACGUCAUUCACAGCCUGAAUUUGAGACGAAUCAUUUGAAUGGGCAACAUUUGGAACAGAACAAACGUCACAGCAGCUCUUCCCGCCCGCUAUCAGAAGCGAACUCAGAGUUGAGUUGUGAACUGUUGACGAAUCAAUCGCCGAAUUGCAAAUCAAAUAUUGAAUUAUCAACGUUGAGCAAUGGGCAAAUAACAACAAAUACCACCGAAAGCAAGCAGCGACCGGAAAGUUUAAAUUCAUUAAAAGCCAACAGUUGUCAGCAGCAAUUGAGAGAGCAUCAUGAGGUUGGCGAAACAAGAGAACGUAAACGCCAGCUGCCCAAACAUCAAAGACCGCUGACUAGAUAUUUACCUAUAUUUUCACCGGAUUUGGAUUUAAGGCAGCACAUAGAAUCGGCGGGUCAUCAAAUAGCUUUGUGUCCGCAUGUCUUUGUGGAUGCUCAUAGUUGUAGGGGUUACCUUCACAAGUUGGGCGCCACUUUUCAUGGUUGGUCGAAGCGUUGGUUUGUAUUGGAUCGCCAACGCAGUGCCUUUAUCUAUUACUCAGACAAAUUGGAGCGUAAACCUAGAGGAGGAGCCUAUUUUUCGACCAUUGAAGAAGUCUAUUUGGAUCAUUUGAAUAUAUCCAAGAGUGGCCGUCCCCAUUGUACCCUCAUUGUCAAAACGCAGAAACGCAUGUAUCAAUUGCUGGCAGCUUCAGAUGCUGCAGCCAGAAUAUGGAUUGAUGCCAUAAUAACCGGAGCUCAAGGCAACCUAGACUACUAGUAUUAUCCUUAAUGUUCUUAUUUUAUUUCUAUUGUAGUUUUU